CCCAGCAGAAGGAUGAAAACAUGAGGAGAGCUGUCCUACUUAUAUCUGCUGAGGGAGUGAUUCAUCGGGCUAACCUGCAGAACGGGUUGCCGCAGGCUUUUGGACUUGCCCACACUUAUCGCGCGCUCCUCCAGACACAGAGUAUCAGUGACAUAAGGCCCCUGGGCUGAGCUCUUUCUUCACACGCAGCUGGGAGACUGGUGAAGCUCUGAUACCUGAGAGAAAUAUUACCGUCUUUUGACUUGUCAACACCUUUUUCAGAAGAAAGAGAAAUUAAAGUGAAAGCCAUCAUUCAGCAAGAUCAGUCACAGCACAGAGUGCAACCACCUGCAGCCUACCCCUACAUGCAGUCACUAUAUGCCUAAUUUGUCUGAAAUUGGGUCAUUCGCCACCAGAGGAAGAGCUCAACUAGAACACUGGCAUUGAUUCUGUGAACAGACAAUAAGGUGUUAUAUUAAAAACAUGGAUGACGGGACUUCAGAUUAUGAUUACAACACAACAAUAGAUGAUGAAGAGGAACUGCUCUGUAACCUCGACCCUAGCCCCGCUGAGGUCAUCACCCAGACUUACAUCAACUCCAUCAUCUGUGCCUUCGGCCUGAUCGGCAACGCUCUUGUAAUCGUCACCUACAUAUUCUACAAGAGAACCAAGACGAUGACAGAUGUCUAUCUUGUCAAUGUGGCUGUAGCUGACCUGAUCUUUGUGGUGGCCCUCCCAUUUAUCAUAUACAAUGAGCAGUAUAAUUGGUUAAUGGGUCCUGUGGUUUGUAAGAUGCUACGGUCAGCCUACAGUAUCAACCUCUACAGCGGCAUGCUCCUGCUUGCGUGCAUUAGUGGUGAUCGUUACAUUGCUAUAGUUCAGGCAAGGAGAUCCUUUGGGACUCGCACUCGUGCUCUGAUCUACAGCCGCCUCCUCUGCUCUGCCGUUUGGGUGUUUGCAGUGGCUUUAACUCUGCCCACACUCAUCUACACUGAGCGCUUUGAAGACCCGAAUCCGCUGAAUGAGCCUGUCACUGUGACGUGUGCACUGUCUUUCAGCAAGAAUGAAACAGCAAUGCUAGUUAAGGUGCUGGUUCCAAGCCUUCAAAUGGGCAUUGGCUUCCUGCUGCCUCUGUUGGUGAUGGUGUUCUGCUAUUCCAGCAUCGUGUGCACUUUACUGAGAGCACAGAGCAGCCAGAGGCACAAGGCUGUCCGUGUGGUUUUGGUGGUUGUUGUGGUUUUCAUUGUGUGCCACCUUCCCUACAAUGUGGCUCUGCUGAAAUACACACUGUCUCUUUUUAAGGAGAAGCAUUGUGAGGCAGGAAAGCUUCAACUCAGAGUUCUGGCCAUUUCCAGGGGCAUAGCCUACCUCCACUGCUGUCUAAAUCCCAUCCUCUACGCCUUCAUCGGGGUGAAAUUCAGGAGCCACUUCCGGCAAAUACUAUUGGACCUAUGGUGCUUUAGCAAAAAGUACAUCUACUCUACUCGCUCAUCACGUGGAACAUCUGAUAUCUGCAUCUCGGGCUUCAAGUCUUCAGAUGGAUCACACAACAUGUCAUCAUUCAGCGUGUGACACUUCUAAAGUGCAGCCUUCUAAAGGAGAUAAUUAACAAGGUAAUGCUACAGGAGCCCCCCAUCUCUCCAAACUGUUACUUUACUGUAGCUGUAAGCAGAGAUAAAAAAAAUAUCUGAACAAAAUGUAAAGUAUACAUGCAGUGAAUUUGAAAUUUACUGAAUCUUAAGCAAGUUACCUUCAAUAUAAUACAAUAUUGUGGGAUCUUGUUUUAAGUUCUAAAAGGCAUAGAUUUGACAGUUAGUCACUUAUGUGAAAUAAAUGUUAUUUGCGUUUAUAAAGUAAAAUAAAAAAUAAUGUGUAGAAAAAAAACUGGAUGGAUGAUUAAGUCAUUAACCACAGAAAGAGUAUUUGUUCUCUGUUAAAACAUAAAAAAAAAAAAAAACAACCACAAAAAAAAAAAAAAAACAGUAGCAUAGCAUAGCCAUAGCAAUAUUGUUUAUCACUGACUCAGGUAUAUAAUAUUACAAUUCAAAUUAUUUUUUGAUUUUUCUUGGUUUGUUUGUUUGUUUUGUUUUAAUUCAACAUUUAGUCAGGUCCUCUUUGUUGAAUGGGUUAUAGAUUCAAGCAAAUCCAAAUGUUAAAGUCCAUUUCACUGCUGCCGGCAUUAUUCUCUUUGUAUCCAGCAACUGUAUUAUAUGUAAUAUGUAAUAAUAUUACAGUUGGUUUUGUUGCUUUUAUUUAUCUUAAAAGAUAUAACUGGAGUGACUGGUGUAAGGCUGGUCAGCAACUUUGUGUUUUCUUGAAUUUUUAUGUAUAUGAUGUUGAAUGUGUCUGCUCAUUUUUAGAAAAAGAUAAGAAGUUCCUAAGUCUUAUCUUGCCAUACUUUCAUUUCAAUCUCUACAAUUUUAUUCUAGUCAUAUAUUGUAUAUCUACCAAAUAAGCAUAUUGUGUUAUACAUUUAUAAAGUUUUUACAUUUUGUGUUUUGAAAAUUGAUUGUACUGUUCCAUUAUAUUGUCUGAAUAAAUAGUGUGUGUUAA